AUGGGAGGACUUGGAAAAAUUACUUUAGCUCAGCUUGCAUAUAAACAUGAAAAGAUCUUGAAUCAUUUUGAUAAGAAAAUUUGGGUUUGUGUAUCAAAUCCUUUUGAUGCGAUGAAAGUUGCAAAAGCAGUUAUUGUGGAAAUUGAGGGUAAUACCCCAAAUAUCGAUGAUUUGGAAUCUUUAGUUCAAAAGAUUUGUAAGUGUAUUGAAGGAAAGAAGUUUCUUCUUAUCUUAGACGAUGUAUGGACAGAUGACAAAAGAAAAUGGGAAAAUUUGAAGCAGCCUCUUCAGUAUGGGGCUAGAGGAAGUAAAAUACUUAUGACCACAAGGAAAGAAAAAGUUGCUAUCAUGAUGGGGGUAUCUAGUAGUACAAUUUCAGUGGAUGUUUUGUCGGAGGAGCAUUCAUGGGUAAUAUUUAAGCAACAUGCAUUUUUAGAAAGAAGAGAAGAAAAGUUGAAGCAUUUAGAGGAGAUUGGUCGAAAUAUUGCAAGGAGGAGCAAUGGGUUGCCUCUAGUAGCAAAAUCUUUAGGAAGUCUCAUAUGUUUUAAAAGGACAAGAAGUCAAUGGGUGGAUUGUUAG